GAAUCUUGUAUAGAUUCACUUCAAACAAAUGAAGACUCUGAUUAUAAAAUAUUGGUGUUUCUCUAAUUGCAUUUUCUUUCUUCUUCCAGGAAGAAUUCCUAAGAUCUGUUCUGCUACUACAACCUUAAAGCAAAGUGCUAGCUGCUGCGUUCUCAUCCCUCCCUGGCUGCCACUUGAACGGCGAGUACUAACAAAUCCUUCAGGACGCGACUAGAGCCAGUGUGUUGAAUAAUCACAGGCGAUCAGGCUGUGGGCUUGCAGCAGCAGCUUGCUGCCUCGUGACAUCACUCCUGGAGCUCAAAUCCCACUCUGAGCUCCCCCCGUUAGUCGGUCCGUUGGUCGGUCUGCUCACACAGAGCCACGGACCUCACACGCUGGGCAGGCAGCUCCCCCAGGCAAGGCUCAGGAGCUGCCAGGAGAAGAGAGGGGGUAAGAGACAGCGCGAAGAGCGAUUAGUGGGGAGCGGAACAAAACAGCGGAGCUACGGCAUGAAAUUCAUCUGUGCUUAUUACUUGCUGCCUCUUUUUCCUGCGCUAGUCUUCAGCACUAGACAGGGCUAUGAAGAACUGGAGAGACAGCUGAAAGAAGUCUUUAAGGAAAGGAGCAAUAUCCUUCGUCAGUUGUCGAAGACUUCUAAAGAACUUGAAGGAAUUAAAGUAAACCUCCAGUCUUUGAAAAAUGAUGAAGCAUCAGCCAGAGGUGAUGUGCAGAAACUGUUGGAAUUGGGCCAAAAGCAAAGGGAAGAAAUGAAAUCUCUCCAGGAGGCCUUUCAAAAGCAGCUUAAUGAGGCAGCUGAAAAAGCAGAAAAGCAGCAAGCUACCAUUAACUUUUUGAAGACUGAAAUGGAAAGAAAAAGCAAAAUGAUCCGUGACCUCCAAAACGAGAACAAAAGCCUCAAAAACAAGCUUCUGUCAGGAAACAAGCUUUGUGGUAUUCAUGCAGAAGAGUCAAAAAAGAUUCAAGCCCAGCUAAAAGAGCUUCGAUAUGGGAAAAAAGAUUUGAUUUUUAAGGCACAGCAGCUAACAGAUCUGGAGCAGAAACUAGCAGUUGCAAAGGAUCAAUUGGAAAAGGCAGCACUCGACAAAGAGUCGCAGCUGAAAGCUCUGAAGGAAACUGUGCAGCUUUGCUUGUCUUCAGUUCUGCACAAUCAGCCUCCUGCUAUGAAUCGAAUGCCUACAAAACCAGCUGCGAAGCUGACACCCCUAGCUACAAAGGGCUCAAAAGUUCCAUUUCAAGUGACAAGCACCAAGCAAAAUGCCUCAGCCGAGAAAGAGAAUCUUCACAUGGCCUCAAGAAAGGAAGAAAACCAGAGCAUCCAGGAGUGCGAUUCUCGAGAUGUUGGCAAGACAUGUUUGGGGAAUCGCAAUAAUUCAACAUCUCGUUUGAAGACAGCUGAAACAGAGAUAAGCUUUCAGCAGAAGUUGCACAGCCCUCCGUGGACUAAACCUGAAGAUAAAAAAUCAUCUGAGAGAAAUGAGAAAAAAAAUGAAGAAUCUGUUAGUACAAAAGAAAAAAAGAUUUAAAUGCUACUAAUAUACAUGUAAUAAUGUUCAUUACUUGCUUUCACGUUCAUAUUAUUUUUAGUCCAGAGGCAUGAAUAGUACCAGGUUUAUAAAGCAUGCAUUUUUCACUAUUUUAUGAAUGUUUGUAAAUUAGUCUAGAAUAGACCAAUUAGUACCUUUCAGCAAUAAUCCAAAAUGGAUAUUUGAAGAAAUGCUUUGUAAUACAGUCCAGUUUUUGAACUAUUAUUCUACUUGAUUAGUAAUUGCAUAUUAUAAAUUAGUUUCUUUGUAAAAAGAAAUUACCAUUCUCAAGUAUUUUCUCAGUCUGUUCUAUUUCAUGUACAUUUAUGGCAAAUUAGGUUUUAGAUCAAGAAUUAAAGGGUAGCUAACAUGGAAAAAAAAUCUGUGUAAACAUAGAUGAAGUACAAUGCAGCUCGUAAGAGCAACUGUAAAAAUGGGACAGUAGGGCUCCAUGUAUAUUUAACUUUUCAGUAAUAUCAUUGCAAAUAUGCUAACUUAAACAAUAAAAAGUGUUUGGUUGUUUGUUUUUUA